AAUCAUCAUUUAUGAUCGACUUAAUUAAUUAGCACUAGGUAGCAGUGUGUUAAUAAUUGGUUGUGAUAUAUUAAUAUUGUUCUUGCGUGACACUACUUCGAUCGGAUGAUAAAAUUAAUUGUUUAAUAUAAUUGUCUACGACUAGCUAGCUAGGGCUUGAUGCUCGACAAGUUUGAAUAGUUUUCAUGCAACAGUUAAUCGUCUUAGUCUUUGUAUCUCCUCGAUCGUGUAAUAACAUCGCAUAAAUUAACACGACUAAGUUAAUCUCAUCUGUAUAUAAAGUUCUUAUGCCCAUACUUUACAUAACAGCUAAUUAGAUUUUUAAUAUAUAGUGAUUUCCAAUCUUUUAUUUUAAAGACUUUGAGGCUGCCAAAUAAUGAAAUAAACUUUUUUGACGUCCGUGUAUUGCCAUUGAAUGGUAUAGGGUCCGUUCCUUCAAUUUAUUUUUAUUUUUUUUUUUGAAAUGGGAGACAAGGGGCUCUAAUUAAGUCUUUGAUGAUCAAAUAGUCGUACUAGAUAAUGACAAAAGGAGAGAUGAAAUUGGGUCGAAUAUCAGUGUUGGCGGCUUGGCGCUUCCCUUGUAUCGUAGACUCAAAGCCACUUACGCCACAAAUUAUAAUAAUUGAUGAGGUGUGUUGAGGUUAAAAUUUCAGUGAUUUUGGUGAUAAAAAUAAAUCUGUGUCUUUUUUUAAGGGAACUCGAAUAACUUUUAGAAAGAUUUGUGUACUGUGUAUAUCCUUCAUAACUGUGUCCGUGUAUGCCGGGUACGUAUUAUUGAAGGGAUUUCGUCUCCUAGUUUAUAGAGAUUUACUUACAUAGGGAAGGAUUAUGUGUAUUGUCAACGUCAGUUAUCUGCACUACUCGCGCCACUUCCAAUAGCCAUCCCGUCAUCACUACUAGCACCGUUAAUUAAUGCCCGAGUCUCAUAUCUAGUAUAAACUACUACUAACUUGUAAUUCCUUUAUUAGAAAACAUUUUGAAAUGAGCAUUAUUUAUCUGUACUGUGAAUAGUUGUAACUUAUUCAAGAAAAUCUGCCCCAACCCAUUAUUGUGUAUGGGCCGUAGGGCUUGAUGUUGGAUACUUGGAUGGAUUCAAAUAGAAAAGGGUCCAUUAAUUGUAAAUGAUUUCGCAAAGUAUUUUUGAAAGUUCAUAUGGAUUAAUUUUAGCUUGUCAUUUUCGCAUACGUGGAAUGUAUACGAGUUUAUCAAAAUUAUAAGAGAACUGUCUUUUCUAUAUAUUGUGAGCAAUGUAUAUGUCUGUAUUGUAGAAUAGAUAUAUUUGUAUAUAAUUAUUAUGUUACCAUAACUAUAAACGUUCACCAAAAUUAUAAGACAAUUUUGUAACCUAUGCACUGUAACCCCAAUUAUGAGGAAUGGAAAACAAUAGAUAUGCAUUCCACGUAUGGUACUACUAAUUACACUUCUGUCUCCGAUUGCUAUGAAAUAUUCAAUCUCUAGCCUAGCUACUUAAUUUAGGAAAUUCAGAAGGGCUAUGGCCCAUUGCCAUUGCAACCUUAUAAAUUCUUGUAUAAAUUAGCUAGGUAGCCCAACAACACUUUUCAUCAAUUACCCAAAAAUCGGAACUCAAACUUGAAUCAUGUAUCCUUCCACCGGCGUAUCGGCUCAGUCCACGACCGAAUGGUCCACUGGCCUUUGUGAUUGCACCAAAGAUUGGUCUACUUGUUGCUUGACAUGUUGGUGUCCUUGCAUUUCUUUUGGUCGAAUGGCGGAGGUUAUCGAUAAAGGAACCACAUCCUGUGUUGGAGGCGGAACUAUUUAUAUGAUACUAUGUUGGUUUGCUGGAUUUCAAUGCCUAUAUUCCUGCAUGUAUCGUUCUAAGCUGCGGCAACAAUACAUGUUGCCCGAGGAACCUUGCACUGAUUGCCUUGUUCAUGUUUGUUGCGAGCUUUGCGCUUUCUGCCAAGAGUACAGCGAACUCAAGUACCGUGGCAUUGACCCAUCUCUUGGAUGGCAACAAAAUGUUGCGAAGCAGAAUCAAGGAGUUGUGAUGCCACCGGUUGGUCCGGGUGAAAUGAAACGUUAGUAUGUUCGAUCGAUGACACAAUUUGAAGAUAUAUAGUACUUGUGAUCAUGCUAUGCAUUAGGAGUGUGAAGAAUCGAGUAUCAUGUUUAUUAAUUUAUUUGUUACUUUUUGUCAAGUGAAGUAAAAACAAUGUGAUAAUUAGCCUAUUGGCCAAUAUAAUAAAACGAAUAAAAUUUAAAGUUA